UAUAAACAGCAUACAUCUCUCUCACAUUUUUUUAUUGAAGUGCGCGAAUUUUACAAGUAUCUUUAAAACCUUAAAGAAAAUUGAAGGGCUGUAGGUCUUGUGCAGAAUUGAGUUAAAGAUGCAGCUGUCCUGAAGACUAAUACAGACAACACUGACAUAAAUGCAGCAACAUGUUUGUUACAUGUAAGUAAAUGCAUGUUUUAUGGUAUGAAAGUUGUCUUGAUUUUAUAAGAAAAUUGUACAUUUCCUGGGUUUAAAUUUUGGCCUGUACACUAGGUAUCCUUACUGUUUUUAUGAGUUUCCAGUCUAUCCAGGCAAAUUCCAGAAUUUUACCUUAAAUUAGGCUAUGACCAGUUUUUCCAAAAUCCUUUUCCAAUUCAUUUAUCAUCUUGAAAGUCAAUUGAACAACUUAGAUGUAGGAUGACCUGUACUUGAACAUUGUUGCUGCAAAAUGCUGUGGGGAAACUGGUUUUCACCCAAACACUGGUAAGUCAUCAUCAAGUAGCAUAAAUAAAGCAAGGUAGUGUAAUGUAACUUGAAAGGGAAACCAGGAGGAAGGGAGAAGUUAGCUAUCUAAUUCACAGGGGGGACAAAAACCUGUCUGUGAGUGACUGGAAGUUAGUGUAAUGUGGAACUAUGCUUUUCCAUUUUGUCUCGUCCAUACUCUUAAAAAUACAGUAAGGUGAUAUUGAUGAAAUUUGGUAAUAGAGAAUUUUAUAAAAAUUGCGGAGCCUUUUAAAAUUUAAUUUAGAUCAAGUAUCGCCAGCAUUGGACCGUUGGUUCGAGUCCCGCACAAGGCAUGGAUAUUUGUCUAAGACUGGCCACAGAAGGCAAGGCUAAACCACCGUGGAACUUUAGCAAGAAAACCCCAAUGCUGUUGACGGUCAAAGCUGACCACAGAGGUGGAAAAAUAAGUAUCGCCAUUUGCCAGUGUAAUGAUUUUGCUUAUUGAAAUGUUUUUAUUUCUUUCAUUCACAGACUACUUGUGUAUACAUAUUGGGAUAACCUGUAUUUGAUUUAUCUUGCAUUCCUCCCUAAAUCCACGGCCAAUUUGUAACGAUUUAAUUGUUGAUGUUUGAUAAUUGGUAGAACUGCGAGAUCUCGCGUUAAAUCCAUCGAUACCGGAAAAGGAUCCACGCUGUCUUCAUUUCAUAUAAUGUGAUCGAUUGAUGAGAUUUUACUUUAAUGUCGAUUCCUUAGGGUAUUAAAACUAACAAAAGUGGUCUUGGUCUCAGUGUCAAUGUUUGUGCUGCAGUUUCAAGUAGCAGUGGAAUGGCGAAGUGGAUAUGACGUUUCAGAUCAUCUACAGGGAUUAGAUACAUAUUUUGGCAUAAAGCACUACCAUGACUUCUCCGUGGCAGAAGAGGGGAUUGCUUCUGGUCCGUGCGUAACUCAUGGACGUCACAGCACCAUCUUCAAAACGCAGCUGUUGAAGGAGGGAACUAUAAGCGUGCAGUGUGAGGCAAGCCUUGACCUAUACUGGCGUGCUGGGGAGCAUGCGCUCGUGUCCCGUCGGUGUCUCCUCGUGGGGCAAAGCCGUGGCAUCGUGGGGCAGGACCUCUUUCCAGUAUCGGACGGGCCGAACAAGUGAGAUGUUCAUGCGCGUUCCGCAGUCGCCAGAAACUACAGUUACACCCGCAGUGUGCGAUACAGCGGUAGCGCUGGGUGAGACGAGCGACCAACCAUCAUUGCCGGUCGUCAAAAAGUCACCGGCGACUGAUUAGUCAGGGGUAGCCUCCGAAGGGGAAUGCAGCAACAACCCAGCCAUGCAGGUAGGCUCGUACAAAUUCGCUCCUUAUAAGUAGGCAGCCACACUGCUGAGUAUCAAAUGAACAGACUUUUAUGUAUUAGUGUUAACAAGUAAACGUCACUGGACCCUAUCUUAAAACAGUCAAAUCUAGCCCACAUCAC